GCGAAUUCGUUCGUUGUGGCUGAAGCCAACAUCGCAAUCAACAUGUUCUCACUUAAUGUACCAGCAAAAUAUUCAGACUCGGUGUACGACACCAUCCGUCCACUUUAUAUUUCAUCUCGAUUUUGCCGACUUUUACCCUUCAGUGCAACUAUAUUGAACCGUUCGUCGAAUGAAAUUUAUUUAACAAAAGUCGAUCAUUUUCUGUUCAUUAUUCAUGAACUCGCGUACAUUUCCUGCAUCGUCUUUAAUUUAAAUAUUGACAUUCACGACGUUGUAUCCUCAUCGAAGUUAUUGGAAAUCGGCGUAAAAUAUGAAAUGGUUUUCCGAUCCAUUUUUUGUUGCAUCCUCGUUGUUGACGAGCUUGUGUUUAGGUCGGCUACUUGGGAUAUUAUCGAAUCAAUUAAUGACUUUGACUUGAAGUUUUUGACUUUGAAUGAAACGAUAAAUCAUUCCAAUCAAAAGCAGCGGCUGAAACGUUUUAUAGUGAUGUGGCUUCUAAUAAUACUGAUAACUUUGAUUGUAUCCAUUGUAAUGUCCUUUGGACACGUGAACCUAGCAUCUGUGCUGCUGUUUUUAGCACCAUCCAUCCUACUAAACAUUACCUAUGGACUUACGGCAACUUUGUACACGUUUCUUCUAUUUAGCCUGAAAGUACGGUAUGAGGGACUAAACAAUUGUUUGCUUGAAGAAGGUCAGUCGAUACAACCAAUAAAAAUGUUCAAACACAUGAAUAAAGGGACAUCAUGCGAUAAAAUUAUGAAAAUGGCUCGGCUACACGAUCAGCUAACAGAUAUUAUUGGAUUAGUUAAUCGACGUUUCACGUUUCAGGUUCUGAUCUUAAUUGCAAGCGAUUUCGCGUUUUCCGUAUUGAGUAUAUUUAGUUUAUAUCGCGUUUCUUCGUCAGAGCCGUUUGUCUUAAAGGAGUUCUAUAGCUCGUUAUUUCAUAACUUCUGGGGAUUCUACUACGACUUCUUUAUACUGAUGAUAAUUUGGAUGGGAAGCUCAGUGCAACGUGAAGGAGCGCACACAGGCGUACUCAUUCAUAAAACUAUCAACAAUUAUGCCGAUAAGGAAACUGUCGAGAAGCUCAUUUUAUUCUCUCAACAACUAAAACAUCAAUCACCAAUUGCCACUUGUAAAUUAUUUCCGAUCGACUGGACCUUGUUGUUUACGAUCGUCGGCGCUAUAACCACAUACUUAACGAUACUAAUUCAGUUCGAUUCGUCGUUCCCGGGAAAUAUCUUGGCGAAUGCAACCAUUGCAAAUGAUACGAAACCGUAGUCGGAUCUU